UCCUGAGGGGAGGCGAUGGCCAAACAUCACCCGGAUUUGAUCUUCUGUCGCAAGCAAGCCGGUUUUGCCAUCGGGAGGCUGUGUGAAAAAUGUGACGGCAAGUGUGUGAUCUGUGACUCCUAUGUGCGUCCCUGCACAUUGGUCCGAAUAUGUGAUGAAUGCAACUAUGGCUCCUACCAGGGGCGCUGUGUGAUCUGCGGGGGCCCUGGAGUGUCUGACACCUAUUACUGCAAGGAAUGUACCAUCCAGGAGAAGGAUCGAGAUGGUUGCCCAAAGAUUGUCAGCCUUGGGAGUUCCAAGACUGACCUUUUCUAUGAAUGAAAGAAAUACGGCUUUAAGAAGAGGUGAUUGGCUUGACCCUCCCGGCUCCACCACCAUGCUGCCGCCCCAGCUCAAGAA